AUGAAAGGGGUGAAAUUUGUUAAUGCUCGCUGGUGGGUGUUUAAAAAUGAUACUAAAUUAUUAUGUUAUCCCUUUGGAUUAUCACUGUUUUCGACUCAACCAAAUGAUCGAGAAACGAUACGACAGAAGUUGGCGAUGGGUAGCGGGGAAGAAGAGUAUUAUUAUAAUGAACGUGCGUUUAAAAAACCCAGUUUUCAAACUCGUUUACAAAGUGGCAUGAACUUACAAAUAUGUUUUAUGAAUGAAGCCAUGAAUGAAGCUAACAACACUCUUCCAGACUCAUUACAAGUCACAUCAUCAUCACAACCACCAGAGCAACAACAUCAAAAACCAGAAUCAACAGAACGUCACAGUCCUCCAGUUAAACACACAGAUGUUAAAAAUGGUCAUCGAAGUAAAAGAACUGGAGAUAGAAAUAAAUCUAAAGAUGAUAAUAAAAAAACUUCUCAUCCUUCCAGAUUAAAAGAAGAAGCCAAAAUAGCUUUAGCACAGGCCAGCACAAUGGCUCAUAUGCAACUAGAAGUUGAAAAACAGUUAAAAAAGAAAUCACCUAUAGCAGAUAUGGUUGGUAUACCAAGUUUAGGAGAUGGUAGAAGAAAGAAAUUCAAUAGAAAAUUAUUACAAGAAAUGAAUUUAGCUCAAUUACAAAUUCUAGUCAACGAUGUACAUACACAAAUAGAAAAUAUUGGAAAAUACGAUUUAUGUGUUUUCUACUGUCAUGAUUCACUGUGUUUUGUGUCAGUUGGACAACUGAAGUGA